ACAUACUAUUUACAUGAGAGGGAGAUUAGUUGUACACAGACCAUUGGCUUUAAAAAUGUUAUUCGCAUGGCUCAACUUUAUUUCUAUUAUCAGUGUUUUCUUAACCAAUUGUUUUGCUGCUGAAGAUGAUUCUAGCCUGAACAAUCGUCCAAUAAUAGGAAUUUUAUCCCAAGAAAUAUCUAAGAGAUGGACAAAAGUAUAUCGAGAUACAUAUGAUAGCUACAUAGCAGCAUCCUACGUUAAAUACAUAGAAAGUGCAGGUGCUCGAGUGGUUCCUAUAUGGAUUGGUCAAGAUGAAAAUUAUUAUAAAAAUAUGAUCAGUAAAAUUAAUGGCGUUUUGUUUCCUGGUGGUGAUGCAUCUUUUAAUAUGAAGAAUGGAUAUGCCGAUGCAGGAGAAAUAAUAUAUAAACUUGCUACUAGAUAUAAUCAUAAUGGUAAUUACUUUCCACUUUGGGGUACAUGUCUUGGAUUUGAGUUAUUGACUUACCUUGCAGCUAAUCGCUUUGAACAUAGAACGCACUGUUCUAGCCAUCACCAAGCUCUUCCUCUGCAAUUUGUCACAGAUUUCAAAAAUAGUCGAUUGUUUAAAAAUACACCGACUGAUAUUAUCAACAUUUUAAAAAAAGAGAAUGUCACGGGGAAUUACCAUAGUUUAUGUGUUACAAAACAGGGUCUUAUUAGAGCAAAUCUAACAAACAAAAUUCGCGUAAUUUCUAUGAAUUAUGCUUUGGAUCAUACAAAAUUUAUAUCAUCAUUCGAACAUAUUAAAUUACCCUUUUAUGGGGUACAAUUCCAUCCUGAGAAAAAUCCUUUUGAAUGGAUUAAAGGAUUGAACAUUCCUCAUACGCGUAAUGCUGUCAGAGUAGCCCAUUAUUUUGCUGACUUUUUCGUGAAUGAAACUAGAAAGAAUCACCAGAAGUUUUCGGAUGAUCAAGAGGAAGAUAAAGCUUUAAUUUAUAAUUUUAAUCCUCAAUUCACAGGAGUUAACAGCUCUUACUUUACUCAGAUGUACAUGUUUAAGGCAAAAGAUAUUAUUAUCCGAAUAGGGGACACAAUUAAUUCGUACCAUUCUAGAUUACAAUUUACCUCUGAACUUGAAACUAAUAGCAACAUAUCAUUUUUGGAAUUAAAACUGAUUAAAAAAAAUACCGAAUCUGUAGAAAUAAGCAGUAAAACUUUAAUAAUGCACUUAAAAGUGUUUACAUGCUUGUUCAUAAUGAGCAUUCUAUCUAUUGAUGCUUACUCAGCAUUGACUAAUCACGAUGAUACAACCACCAACAAUCAGCCAAUAAUUGGUAUUUUAAGCGAAGAACUUCUUUAUGCUUUGGCUGAACUCUAUCCAAAAAUGUCGUUGGCAGACAGUUAUAUUGCAGCAUCUUACGUUAAAUUUGUUGAAAGCGCGGGAGCAAAAGUUAUUCCUAUAUGGAUUGAUCAAGAAACCAGCUAUUAUGAAAAAAUUCUUAGUAAAAUUAAUGGUGUCUUAUUCCCUGGAGGUUCGCUAUGGUUUAAUGAUACUAAUGGUUAUGUUGAUGCCGGUGAUAUUAUUUACAAAAUCGCGAAGAGAUAUAAUGAUAAUGGAGAUUAUUUUCCGAUUUGGGGUACCUGUCUGGGAUUGGAAUUAUGGACUUUUUUGGAAGCCAAUCGCUAUGAUCAUAGAGUACGUUGUUCUAGUCAAAACCAAGUUCUGCCUUUGGAAUUUAGUGCAGGUUUCAAAAGUAGUCGUUUAUUUGAAAAUGCUACUGACGAAAUUAUCAAUAUUUUGAGCAAAGAAAAUGUGACAGGGAAUUACCAUAGUUUAUGUGUCACAACAGAGGUACCUAAUCUCACAAGUAAACUUCGCGUGAUAUCCGAAAAUCACGAUAAAAAUGGAAAAAAAUUUAUAUCAACAUUAGAACACGUCAAAUAUCCUUUCUAUGGAAUCAUAUUCCAUCCUGAAAAAAAUGCAUUCGAAUGGGUUCGAGGGAAAAAUAUACCCCAUUCCCACAAUGCAAUAAAAACGACUCACUACUUUGCCAAUUUUUUAGUGAACGAAGCUCGUAAAAAUCGUCAUAAAUUUUUGAACGAACAAGAAGAAAAUCGAGCUUUAAUAGGUAACUAUCCUACUUAUUUUACGGGGAAAAACGGAUUACCCUACAUGUUUGUUUACAUGUUCAAAACAAGAAAUAUCAGAAACUCUACUGAUACGAAAUGUCUAAUAAACUGGCCAAGAACAAUUCACGAUGAUUGGUAGUUGUGAACUUGGAUGAUUAUAAAUUUCGCUGAAGAAUUUAUCGAUCUAAAUUGGCUACGUAUUGUAAAAAAAAAUAUA